CGCUAAAUAUCCAUGAGAGCGCCGGGAGCUCAUUCAGACCAUGGAGGAGAGGAAAAGAAAGAAGAAGUUCACGGCGGAGGAACUUGAGAUCUUGACAAAGGAGGUGAGCAAAAAUGAGAACAUAUUCAAGGGGCCACACGUGUCGGCGUCCAAGAAGAACAGGGUGUGGGAAAACAUAGCCGUCAAAGUCAACGCAGUCGGACACGACAAAAGAUCCGUGGAGGAGCUGAAGAAGAGGUACCAGGACCUGAGGAGGAGGACGAAAGAGAAGACUGCGCUUACGAGGAGAUCGGAGGCGAAGGCGGACUCGGAGCAGGCGGACACGGCGGACUCCACGCAGACGGAGGAAAACGUGCAAGCGUCGUUUUCCGAGUCGCAGCUCUCAGGGGUGCCAGGAGUCGACACGCUCGAUUGUGAAGUCGAUGGAGAUCUGGACGAGUCCUCCCAGCCCUCGACAGACUGCACGGCCGGCACCCCUAAGCAGAGCCUGGAUGACCUCAUGCUGGAGGAGAUGACCAAACAGACCACAUCCCUGCAGCAGAUAGCGCUGGGCAUCUCUCGCAUGGAGGCGUCCUUGUCCUCCGUGGUCCAGAGUCAGCGGGACUCGUUCGAGGCUCUCAUGACGGCGCACAAAGAACACAUUGAGGCGCUGAUGAUGGCGCACAGGCAACACCUCCAUGCCAUCACAGCACAGAGCCACACCCCGGCUGUCGAAUGCAAACCUGAACUCCCCAGUAACUUUGAUGCAGGCCUCGGAAAUAACUUUUGAAUGAAAACCAAUAAAACGGAACUGAAGAAA